UAAUAUACCACAAAUUACUAAAAGUAGAACAUAUAUUUCUCGUUACUGAUGUAGAAGCAUAAUUUACUUAGAAAUCUCAAUGUUAAAUCACGGCAACUUGCAAAAUAAAAUGCUGUAUAUGUUAAUGAAAUAGAAUUACCUGCCUCAAAACAAUGUUUUGCAGGUGUCUAACACGAGCACUGUUGUGAUACUCUUAAAGUGUUUGUUAUUAAUUGCAUGCCCAGUAGUCAUUACUGCAGCAGAUGAUUGUGCUGAGAAUUUAAAAGAUGAAAAGUACAUAAGUGAAUAUCGUUUGCCACCGAAGAUAAUACCAGUACACUAUGAUAUUUGGCUAAACUUGUUUGUCACGGGACCUAAGUUCAGCGGUGAAAUUAAUAUUACCCUCGAGAUCAAGUGUGUAACGCAAUCUAUAAAUCUGCACGCACACAGGCUGGAAAUAACCGAACAGGACACAAAAUUAUAUAAUCAUAGGAACCGUACGAUUCAUAGGCCGACGAAACAUGACUAUCAAAAAUAUCGAGAUUCGCACGUUCUAGUUCUUCACUUCAGUGAUACGGUAGUACGCGGACAGUACACUCUAUACUUUAAAUAUAACGGUUACUUCUCUGAGGAAGAUGAAGGUCUUAUCAAACUUCCCGAUGAAAGCCUAAGAAGCGAAAAUACGAAAUGGAUGGUGAUAUCGCAAUUCGGUAAGACUGCUGCUCGACGAGUGUUUCCGUGUUGGGAUGAGCCUGCGUUAAAGGCCACUUUCAACAUUUCCGUGAAACAUCAUUUACACCAUUCAGCCAUCUCGACUAUGCCAAUACAAAAGGAAGAUCAUAUUUCCAGAAAUUUGCAGGUGUGGUCUCACUUCGAAAAGACUCCCAAAAUGUCUACUCACCUCCUCGGGAUUGUAGUGAUCGCAGCAAGUCGUUGUGACUUCGACGAUAUAUUCCACAUGUGGUGCAGACAAUAUACUUUCGUACCAGAUGAUUUCAAACAGACUGUCAGGCAGCAAUAUCGUACGAUACUUAGCCACAUGACAAAUCAUACAAAUAUUUCCAUGACAAUUCCCAAACUUGAUAUCAUCAUUGUACCAGAUUACGUACUGAAUAAUGCGACUAUUUGGGGAAUGCUGCUUAUGAAACAGACUUGGGUGAUUGCCAACAUUAUCGACGCAAACGAGUUUAACAAAAUUCAAAAAUUCAAUCUGACAGACUUCCUAGCACAUGAAAUGACAAAGCAAUUGUUUCUUCCUGUAGUUGGUCUGGCUUGGUGGUCUGACUUGUGGUUAAGCAAUGGACUUGUUCUAUUCUACAAAGCGUUCAUCCUUGGCAAGAUGUAUGAAGAGCGGAUGAUGGAUUUUAUGGCGCCCAGCCUACAGGAAAGUCUUCGUUUAGAUGACAUUCGAUCACAAAACAAUAUAGAAUACUAUACUAAAACUGAAACAGAUUUUAUUGAAUCUUUUAUUGUGGUAGACAAAACACUUAUCCUGUUGCAUAUGUUAAAAUCUUUGGUAACGGUCAGUGUAUUCCACAAUGGUGUCAGAAUCUAUUUAGACAGACAUCAGUUCGGUUCGGCUACUUCUGAUGAUUUCUGGGACGCUAUGCAAAGUGCCCUAGACGAUACAGAAUACCAAUACAAUUUUAAGAUAAAAGAAGUAAUGCAUAACUGGUUAAAUCAAACCACGUAUUCUUUGGUAAAAGUGAGACGUGAUUACUUGCGUGGCAAUGUGUUUGUACGGCGGGUACCAAGGAAUGACACUAAGGAAGCUUCUAAUAGCACAUGGAUACCUGUGACUUUUGUUACGAAUUCGUCUGAGAAUUGUUGUAAUAAUACUAUGUGGAUAAGAAAUGACAGGAUGUCCGUUGUUAGUUUCAUACAGGCUCGUUAUGAUUGGAUUAUAGUUAAUAAAGAACAAAGCGGAUACUAUCGUGUUAAUUAUGAUGCUACAAAUUGGGAACAAAUUGGGGCUUGUUUAAAUUCUAAUGAAUUUACAAAAAUUCACGUCAUUAAUCGUGCACAACUUAUUGACGAUGUCUACUACUUCCUAGUGACAAAACAACUUUAUUACUUUAAAUUUUUACAUAUCACGAAUUAUCUGCAGAGAGAAGUGGAUUAUGUACCAUGGAUAUCCAUGUUCCGAAUUAUGUCAUACCUGUGGAAAUUCUUUUUACUUCCAUUUAAAGACCCUCAGGUCAUAGGGGGUUUACAGAAUCAACUACAUGGUAUUGUGGACGGGCUUCUUAAAAACAUAGGAUAUGAUGAUGAGAAUCACGAUGAUGUUAUUACAUUAUUGAUGAGAGGUACGGCCUUAAAAUGGGCCUGUAGAUUUGGUGAUACUUUAUGCUUGGAAAAGACACGUCGUAAAUUGGACAUGCGUAGUAGUGAUGACUGGGCAGUGUUAAUUGGCAAGAGGCCUAUAUAUUCGUGGGAAGAAUGGAUAUAUUGUAGUGCCUUAAAGGAAGCAGACUCCGUGACUUGGAAUAAAGUCUGGCACAUAUUUGAAAGAACACAUCAGUAUGUAAUUUUAGAAUUAUUGACUUGUUCUGAAACUCCGAAAAAAAUUAUGGACUAUUUCACCCUACUAUCUGCAUUAGUAAACCAACACAAAGCACAAAUCACAGACAAUCAGCAUUCUCAUAUUUUUGGUAUACUUGUUAGAAAGCAUGCACACAAAAAUGAAGUACUUGACUACAUAUUACAGAAUUUCACAGAUCUGAAACCUAGAUUGUAUUCUAAAACUACGUUAUUGACAGAUAUUAUUUUAAACGUAUAUUCCGAGGAACAACUUAACAAGACAUACAAUUUUUUCAAACAGGACGCUGAAGUGUCAAAAAAUUUGCCUACAAGAAUAAAUACGCGUUUAAUCUAUCUCCAUAAGUUAAUGACCAGCUUUGAGGAAAUGUUUUCGCUGAGCAGAAAAAGUGAUAUAUUAAAAUGGGAAAGUGAUAACUUAAAAAAGGAAAGUGAAUUAAAAGGGAAUAAUAAAUCAAGUUAAUGGACUGAACAAUUUUUUAAUAAGAUUUUUAUAUUAUUACUUAUUCAUUAAAUAUCCAAUUUUAAUUGUUCCUAAUAUGUGUGAUAUUAUUUAAUAUAUUCAACAUUAUAUUAAUCUGAAUGUUCUGUUAAAUAUAACUAGUGAUAUACUUU